AUGUAUUUGUCAUUAGCUAUACUGAUGUCAUCUCCAGUAUUUUCGGCCUACCCUUUUCAAUAUAUACCUUCGCUACCUCCUCAAUAUUGUAUAGUUUCUAAGGAAUCUUUAAUGCCUGUUUCUAAUUUUAAUGAUUUAUCACAACCACAACUUUUCAUUUCAAAUAUUUCAAAUAUAAAAGAAUUCUUGAAAAAAUUAGAUAAAGAUGAAGUCUCUUCUUCGGCUCCAAAUAAUCGUUCACGAUGUUUACCUGAAAUUUAUCCGCAUUUGACUUGA